UUUGUUGGGGUUGCCCCUUUCAACAAGAAAGGUUUUCGAUUUGUAAGUCAUUCCUCUGCAAAUCUACUGAAACUCUCCGCCUUUACAACCUUCGCAUCGCGCUGAAUUUGCUCUGAAAAUUACAGUGUUUGGUUUAGAUUUGCAGAUCUUCAGAUUGAAUAUUGAUAACCAUGUCUUCAUCGCCUUUCCCUGCCACAACUGAUUCACUUACUCUGGCUUCCGAUGCCAAAACCCCUUCUGAGGCUAUCUCCAUCCUUUAUGGGAUCAUUGAAAGCCCUUCAUCUUCUUCGGAAGCUCUGCGCAUUAAAGAACAGGCUAUUACCAACAUUUCAGACCUUUUAAGACAAGAGGGUCGAGCAGAAGAUCUUCAGAAUCUGCUCACUAAGUUGCGACCUUUCUUUUCGUUGAUUCCAAAGGCAAAAACUGCAAAAAUUGUCCGUGGAAUUGUUGAUGCAGUGGCUAAAAUUCCAGGCACAUCUGAUCUCCAAAUCACUCUUUGCAAGGAGAUUGUGCAAUGGACACGUGCUGAAAAGCGAACCUUUUUGCGCCAGCGAAUUGAAGCGAGGCUUGCGGCACUGCUGAUGGAAAACAAGGAAUAUUCAGAGGCUCUGAAUCUCCUUUCAGGGCUUGUCAAGGAGGUCAGAAGACUGGAUGACAAGCUACUGCUUGUGGAAAUCGACUUACUUGAGAGCAAACUCCAUUUUUCUCUGAGAAACCUUCCGAAAGCCAAGGCUGCGUUAACUGCAGCAAGAACAGCUGCAAAUGCUAUAUACGUGCCUCCAGCGCAACAAGGAACUAUAGAUUUGCAGAGCGGAAUACUUCAUGCCGAGGAGAAGGAUUACAAGACUGCCUACAGCUACUUCUUUGAAGCAUUCGAAGCCUUCAAUGCUCUUGAAGAUCCGCAGGCAAUUUACAGCCUUAAGUACAUGCUCCUGUGCAAGAUUAUGGUAAGCCAAGCUGACGACGUGGCGGGGAUUAUAUCAUCACCAAAAGUCGGCUUGCAAUAUCAAGGACCAGAAUUAGAUGCAAUGAAAGCCAUUGCUGAUGCUCAUUCGAAGCGCUCUCUCAAGCUUUUCGAGGUUGCUUUGCAGAAUUUCAGGAGCCAGUUGGAUGAAGACCCCAUUGUUCACAGGCACCUUUCUUCUCUUUACGACACAUUACUGGAGCAGAAUCUUUGCAGGCUGAUCGAACCUUUCUCAAGAGUUGAAAUCGCACACAUUGCUGAGUUGAUUGAGUUGCCGGCCAACCAUGUUGAGAAGAAGCUAUCUCAGAUGAUUCUUGAUAAGAAAUUUUCAGGAACUCUAGACCAGGGCGCAGGUUGCCUGAUCAUAUUCGACGACCCCAAGACGGAUGAGAUAUAUACAGCAACCUUGGACACUAUUUCAAAUAUGGAGAAGGUUGUGGACAGCCUCUAUGCAAGAUCUGCCAAGAUAAUGGCUUGAGGUUUGCUUUGCAGGUCGAAAUCUUUUGCAUGCUUAGUUACUUUCUUUAUCACAGAUUUUACUGUUGCUCAUCUCUCUGUAAUUCCUUCUUGAAUCCUUGAUGAUGUCUGUGACACCUUAUUGAAGUUUGGUUUAGUGAUCUAGCACAAUCUCAUUAUGUUAAGAACUUGGUAGCAUUCUUGUCUAUGGAGGAAAUGCUAUGAAGUUAUUUUUUAAAAUGUUGAUUUCUGGCUGGAUUUAUGAUCAUAUCUGAGUUCUAAUUAUUCACAUGA